AUGACCUGGCAAGCAUACGUCGACGAUAACCUUAUUGGCACCGGCAAGGUCGCCAAGGCAGCCAUCUUUGGAACAGACGGAAGUCUCUGGGCCACAUCUGCUGGAUACAAUGUUGACCCUGUCGAAGUCCUCAAGCUGAUUGCUGCAUUCGAAAACACCGAUGAAAUCGCCGCCAACGGCCUCUUCCUUGAGGGCAAAAGGUUCAACUACCUUCGCAGCGGAGACGCAAGCAUCUAUGCCCUUGGUGAGGGUGGAGUAACGUGCGUGAGAACAAACAAAGCUGUCCUCCUUGGACACUAUGCCGAGAACAUGCCCGCAGGCGACAGCACAGUCGUCGUCGAGUCCCUUGGCGACUACCUCCGUGGCACUGGUUUUCUGGUGCCAUGGCAUUCCCCCGCCGAGUUCAUUCAGGUGCACCAAUGGUUCUACCCUCUUCCCACUGAGGAUGGGUCACCAGAUAUCAGAGCUCAGGAGUGUGCCGUUCGACGCGUGAAGGCAUGGGGGGCAAGAGGGAAACUGCCUCACGCAAUCGACUCGACAGCGGCGUUCAUGCAGGUCGUCAUCCGGGACUGGACACAGACAUGCUCGGACCAAGAUCUGCGACACAUGUACUCGAUGGUCUUUAUCCGGUUCGUCAAUGGCUAUGUCGAUGGCUUCCAGUCGUCCAAAUCUGCCAAAUCGAUCGCUUACCUGGCAGUCGAGAAGGUCGGCAUGCCGAUCUGGUUUGUGGAGCUCAGACAUACAGCCACCCAUGACUACUUGCCGAGUCUGACUAUCCUCCGCAGUGCGACAAACCAGGCGCUGACAUGGAUCAACAACAACUAUUGGAUGCCACAAUUGGUCUCUGUCAAGCUGGAUGAAACCCUGUCGCCAGAAAUGAUGACUGUCAUGUCUGACUAUGUCCGUACUGUCAUUACGAGCCACAGAUCCGAGAAGGAGAGGCAGCUUGAAGAAAACACAUUAUCGCAACCAAAGCACGAAGCACACAUCAUCGGCCGUCUGGUACGCGACCUCAUCAAACGCUGCCGAUCAGGAGACGAACUACUGAAUGUUUUGAUCCCGAUCUUGCUGGAACCAGGAAUGCUCGUACCCAACGCCAAAAAGAUGAGAGCUUCAGGAAGAGACUUGAGUCUGGACAGUCUUGGUCGGAUGGUUGACUUGUGCUGGAUGCCAUUGAUGAACAAGCUGCAGACGGAUCUGAGGGGGACGAACAACAAGGAUGGGGAACCUAUUUCGUUCUGGGUCGGACUUGUGGACGCCAUGCUUCAAAAACUGGUGGAUGCCAAUAAUGCGGUGCAUGCUGCGGCGUUGCCGACGGCUACUGCGGCUGAAAAGUCUGCAGCCAAGACGGGCAGCUACUUGAUCACGAUAUUGGCGUGGCUCAAGUACCUUAUCAAACUGAAUUAUGACCAGCAGCGCCAAAAACAUAGCAAUACACGAACAAAGGCAGGAUCAUCAUCAUCUCUCUCCUCAGGAACAGCCUCGCCCUCAUUCACCUCCCUCUCAGUCACAUCCCCCGACACUUCAACACCAACAUCUUCACGGCCCUCUGUCGCAGCCAUGGCUGCUCAACUCGUGGCAGAACAAGCGUCCACCAACCAACCAGCAGUCAUGUUCGACAACGACGACAUUAUCAACAUUGUCGAGGACUGUCUCCAGAGCAGCUUGAUCCAUGUCAGUCCCCUCAUCCGCUCGGUCCUCAACACUGUGAUUGAGUGUGAUGCCGACAUCAAGGAAAAAAUUGGACCACUUCUGAGACAGAUUGAUCAAAGGAUUGUUGCUGGCGGCGCUCAGGUCGCAGCACCUGUCCAGGCACCAGUAUCAGCACCAACGACGCCUGCUCCCUCUACCCCGACUAUGAACACUGUAUCUGUGAGAGGCAGUGUAUGGCACGAGGGGUCUAGCAAGGACGAUGAUACCAAGGCUGCAGAGCCUCAGAACGAAGACACCGUGAUGACUGAUUCUACCACAACAACACAGGAAUCUGAACUCGACCAGCCAUCUGUUGAUAACCUGGAAGAUGUUGUUGUUGAUGCUGCACUACCAACACCAAAAGCGUGGACACUUUAUGAAGCUGACUCAUGGCGGCCAUGUCCUUUGGGUUGUCUCCCUGGAGGAGUCGUUCCCGACCUGUCAUUACCUUGGGAACUGGAUAACCCACCAAUAGCCCGUGUCAUGAUUUAG